GGAGAGUUCAGUUGAACGGCAGCGACCCAGCCGAGGGUGAUACCUGCUGAAUGUUCCAGAAUCGACGAACGCGUCCGGAUCUGAGGCUCACUGUGGGGAAGACGCCACUCUGAAGCGAAUGAAGAAACAAUUAAUCUUUCACUUCACAUACAGAGGACUUCUAACGAGAGGAAAAAAGAGUAAAAGAAGAAAAUGGAGUAUAAAUUACGUAAAGCUGAACCCAAAGACGUGCCUGAAAUAUUACGACUCGUGAAGGUAGGCCUUUGGACAUAACGGUGUUUCUAACGCGGCCAGAAACACGAAUAAAACUGUUUUAAUCGAUACGACUCGAACAUAACGGUCACGCGACUGGAAUAGGAUUAAACCGGACUGUUAACGGUUGGAUAAACCGAUGUUUAGCCUUGAACUUCUCAUGAACUCGAGCUCUUUCGCACAGCUUGUUCUAUUCAAAAACAACAUUUGACCUAUAAAUCCACCCUUAAUGUGUAUGACACAGUUUUAGGAUGAUGAAGAGGCCGUGGGAGAAAAGUCAGGAGGACGUCCGAGAAUCAGAUUAGUGGUGUCAGUCUUUGUUUACGGGUAGACGACUCAUUUCCGGGUGACCAUAUAUGGUCAGUCUUACCGCUAAGCCAAUGUUCCCAUCAAGGUUGAGCCUGAUAAGAUAGUAUUACAGCUUUAUAAGCGCAAACUGACAUAAAAAACACUCAUGUUACCCCUGUUUAUGAUUAUUUACAUAAAUUUACGAUGAAGUUAUUACAAUUUAGUCAAGAAAACGAACAAUGAAGCAGAAUCGGAUCAUCAGGAUGAAUCAGACCCAAAGUGGACAUCGUUAAAUGGGUCAUUGUCGAAUAAUAAUCGAUGUUUAAACGAUUCUUUUCAAAUGAUGACCUAGGGAAGAGAAACCAUUUAUAAAGCAUGAGCUGGUUUAGGCUUUAUCAGGCAAUUCCUCACAGACUCGAUCAGUCUUAUUUAAUGGUUGACCUCGAGCAUUUGAUGUUGAUUUAUUUAUUAUCUGUGCUAUUAUAUCAUAUAUCUGAUUAGCUAAGAGCUAAUAUUAGCUGUACAAUGUUUGAAACAUGUUCUCAAACAUGAACUCGCCUCACGAAAAGUUAUUUUGUAGAAAUGCAGCCACAUUUUAUAAACUAUGAAAAACUUUUCAAGUAUUUCAAAAAAUUCAGCAAAAUCUUUUCUCAAAACUGAAAAAAAAAACACAGUUUGGAGCUGAGAAAUUAUGCAAUCUAUGAAAUUUGUUUACUGAGUGUUAACAUAUUUGUGAAAUAUCCAGAGAAAUGCCAAAAUAAUUCGAGAAGCAAAAACAAAAUUUGCAAAAUGCUUGUAAAAUUUUUGCACUGAGUGAAGUGUUUUGGCAUCUAGUCAAAAGUUCUUUAUGAUCAUGAGGUAUUUUUGCAGCCAACCAUCAAGACUAGAGUGGUUAACAGUGUUGUGUUGAUGUCUAUCAUCUAUGAUGAAUUACCUGAGCAAACUUCUAACAGUUCUACUUCUGUCUCUCUUCAGGAACUUGCUAAAUAUGAGGAGAUGGAGCAUCAGGUCACACUGACUGAAAAAGGUGAGCUUUUAAUCUAUAUGAAGUGGAUCUCCAAAGUGGAGCUUGUUGUGUUCUUUGUAUCUUAAUCCUCCCUCUUCUUCCCGGCAGACCUCCUUGAGGAUGGAUUUGGUGAAACCCCGUUUUACCACUGCAUCAUCACUGAAAUCCAAGGAGACGACAGCAGUGGGGGUAUAAACUGUUUUGCUUCCUCUAAACCAGCGGCUUUCAGCCCUUUUGUUCCUGCACAAAGAACACCAUGUGCCGCAAAAUCAGUUCAGCAGGUUCAAACAGAGUCAGACAUGUAACCUGAUGACUGACGUGUUGUUCAUAUUAGAAACACAGAUUUAGGAGCUGGCAGGCGGCCAUGCUUGUUCCUGGCUGUGAGGCUCUCCUGACUGCUUCAAAGAGAUUUAAAGGUUUAAAUCUACACUGAUUAAAAAGUGGUUCAGUUUUAGCUAAAAAUACAUCUGUUGGAGCUGACGUGUUCCUCCCACCACCUGCUCAGGCCAAAGAGUUAACGUAAAUGUUUAAUUUGGGUUUGCGCUUCCUGUUAACGAGUCAGACGCUCGGCAGCAGCUGCAGGUGUUCAGCAGCUUUGUGGUUCGGCUCUGACUCACAUCCAAAGUUUACAUUAAGCUGUUAAAAAAGCACGAAACAAGGCCUCAAAUCAACAGAAACAUCUCAUGCAUCAAAAUAAACAUCCUUUUAUGGAAACAUGUUAAAGCAGUACUUUGAUAAUCAUCUGUGAUGUGUCUCCUCAGGCCUGAAGGUGGUCGGCUUUGCCAUGUACUACUUCACGUACGACCCCUGGGUUGGCAAACAGCUCUACCUGGAGGAAUUCUACGUGAUGGAGCAGUACAGAGGUGAGAAACCAGUCUGAUCCGGUCUGUUUUUUACUGCUUCAAAACUUCUUCUUUCUAUAAACAAGCUCUCCUGUUUUCUUCUGGUUCUCUUUUCAGGGCUCGGCAUCGGCUCGGAGCUCCUGCGGCACCUCAGCAACGUGAGUAUUUUUACCAAACCACCGCUGUGAGAGUGGCUGAGCUUCUUUGAAUACAGUCAGAACAGAUUCAUGAGAUUUUUGUACAGCAUUUUUAAAGAAGUCAGGUAUUUGUGCAAGGUAACAAACUGGCCAAUCAGAGCCGAGUAUUAUCAGACACUGGAGAAGUUGUUUGACCAGCCUGACUUGUGGGUUCAGGAACAAUGAAACAUGUAAUCUGGGGAAUGUUAAAUUUCAAAAGUAGAAGUAACUUGACCUCUUCUGUCCAGUUUAUGACAUUUAAUCUCUCCUCCUCCAGCUGGCGAUGAAGACGCGCUGCACUGGCAUGAUGUUCGUGGUUGCAGAGAACAACGAGCCGUCCGUCCAGUUCUACAAGCGGCGUGGCGCUGAGGAUCUGUCUCAGGAGGAGGGCUGGAGGCUCUUCCGGUUCGACAAGGACAGCCUCGUGAAGAUGGCCUCUCCGGCCGAGGAAUGACAGAGCACCGACGAAGAACAGAGGAGGAAGGAGGAAGAGGAGAGUCUGAGCAAAGAGGGAGAGUAAAACCUUUGAGUGUCUUUUCUCUGAGCUCAGACAGAAGUUCAGCGUUUUAAAGGGCAAUUCUUUAUCUGAUCAGAUUUAUGUUAUUCUGUUUGUAGCUGAUGAUAGAGCUUUAAUUAGUGUGAUACUCAGAGUCACUUAUAUAUCUGCUGAUUUCACUGUAACCGCUGCGCGUGAGAUGUUUAAGUCACAAUAAAAUGAAUAAUCACACGUCAAAGAAGUCUCUUCCUUUUACUGGAGGUGUAAAUUAAUAUUUUGAUCUUAACUGUGUCCUAAAGUUUGAGGGUUUCGCAUUUGGUUGCUUUUUUUGAACUAAUUUCUGCACAUCACUCGUCUGAGCUCUUUGAGAAAAAGAGGGCAGAAGAAGUUUUAAGAGUUGGUCCAUUAGGUCCUCUAAAGUUCACCAGGUCAGAAGUUUAUCAGAAGUUUGUUAUUUACCGUGAAGCUGCUCUAGACUAUAAACGCAAUAAAGUCAUCCAUGUGGCCUUCAGGAUAACUGUAUGUAAUUUGGGACUAUGAUGUGUCAUGAUUGGAGGUUAUUCCAGGACAAAAGUCAUAAAGUCAUCAUGCCGAUUGUCUGGGUUCAGUCGUGAGGAUUUACCGUCUCCUCGGCUUUGACCAACAUCUCUGUGCAGGUCAGAGUUUGUCCUCUAAGAUAAGAGACCAGAGCUGUUUUCUGCUCCAGCUGGAAGACAUCCCUGAACUUUGACCCCAUGAAGGGGUUUGUUUAUGAUGAAUUGUUCGCUCUUUGUCCUGUCGGACAUCCACAGAGGGGUGUUAUGAAAAACAUGUGAGCAGGUGUGAGUGAAUUUCUCUCUCAUCGCUGUAUUUUGUUUCUCAAACAAACUCUUUUUGUCCAAACUGUUUCUGCUCUUAAGAAUCCUCAGACACCUCUUCAGCAGCGAGGCAGUCUUUGGUUUUCACGGAAAUAAAAAAGGAACUACAACGACAUUAACAAAAA